UUCUUUUUCCCUAAAAAUAAUUGAUUGUUAUGGAGUCAUCCUCUGCAGAAAGAAAUCCUAUAUUAAAAGAUGUCGGACAACAAGUGAUAUAUUAUGGAGGUGAUGACGGCCUGCAUGAGACUGAGGAGGAAACUGUCCAGCUAAAUGUAUAUAAAAGGAGCUUAGGAGAACGCUAUUUUUUCAAAUACAUCAAAAAAAUGCACCUUUUCUUUCUGUUGGUGAUAUCCUUAACUGUAAUGGUGUACAUGUCUUUUGCUACACCACUACCAUUGUCAUUCAAUUAUGACAAGAUUAAUACCAUCAUAUCGUUUGGUGAUUCUUAUACCACACGUUAUUUAGAUAUGAAGUCGCUUUCGUAUGCAUGCCGGAAUUGUACCUCAGCAGGUGGUCCAAAUUGGGUCAUUUAUCUCACGGACACUACCAACUGGAUCAGUUGGGAUUUUGCAUAUAACUCUGCUCCAAUCAAUAACAACAUUGUCAAUCAGGCGCCAACAGUGAUCGAUGUCAGCACUCAAGUACGUGAUUUAUACCCAAAGAUUUUCGUGUCACCUACUGAAGAAAUAUCAGACAUUGUUGCAUCAAAGUAUAAGGACAUGAUGCGAACACCAGAGUCUACCCUCACAACCAUCUGGGUAGGGAUCAAUGAUAUCGACUUAACUUAUGACUAUGCUGAUACAGAUGCAUUGGAUUCAAAAAUCAUGCAAGCGUAUCAAGUGUUGAUAGACGAAUUAAUUAACGAAGGAGUGCAUCAAUUUAUGCUCAUCAAUGUACCACCAAUUGAUCGUGCUCCGAUGUGGCAUAACACUAGAAACGAAAACCUGAUUCGAUCCCGCGUUCGAGGCUACAAUGAAAAGUUAAAGAUCAUGAUAGAAGGUCUGAAAAAAGGUCAUCCUAAAGACACCUUUUUUGAAUAUGAUGCUUGGUCUUACUUUAACAUGUUGAUGGACAACCCUAAACCAUACAACAUGACAGAUAUCGAUACAUUCUGUCCAGAUUGGGCACAUCCAGAAGAAAACAAUUGUAAGCCAAUAGAAGAAUAUUUUUGGUUAAACGAUCUUCAUCCAACAUUUCAUGUUCACGAGUUACUGGCAAAAGAUAUUCAAAGAUACCUUCGCAGUCAAUAAAAAAAACCAUCGCACAUAUUGCCCUGAGUGGC